CAAUGAAGGCUGGAUCUGAAGGCCACUCGAAACUCACGCAUCCAUCUUGCCUUGCUACAUGUAGCUGGGAGCUCUUGCAUCUUACUUUCCACCGGGAAAGGGGUAAAACAAGCUAGAUCAAGAAUCAUACCUUCAAACCGUCUGAUCUUUGCUAAAUCCCGAAGAAAUGAAGUGACUUAUCCUCUCUCAAGUUCCAAGAACUUUGUGGUUGGUAUCUAGGACGCCUAAAACCUCCACGUUCUCCUUUUUCUCAGCCUCCACAACCGGUCUUUUAGUUUCAGCUUGCCGUGUAUCCCAAACUACAUUCAACUCCGCAGUACAUAAAGAGUUCACCAACAAUAACGUGACUGCUCCUAACUUUUUUGAUCAUCUGAUUAUUGAUUUUGUCAUGGAUCCAGACUCUUUAGCAACCACGGCCACCAAUGCACCUAGGAAGGUGAGGUUUGCACCAAAAGUUCCUCCACGCAGAGACCAAAAGACUGUCGUCACCAAAGUUGAGAAGGUUGAAGAUGCCGUUGAUGCUGCUCAGGCUGAGGAACUAUUACGCCGGCUUAAUGAAUCUUCUGUCAACGCAAAGCCUAAAUUUGAAAGGAAAGCUGGACCGGCACAUGUGGCAUUUGGCUAUGGAGGCUCAUCACCUUCAAUGAGGUCAUAUGGUGCUCCCAAGGGUGUAAGCACACAUCAUAGUUCAUAUCCUAAUGCUGGAGGUGCUAUGCGUAGGGUGCAGAAAGAAUACAAAGAACCAUGGGAUUAUUAUACCAAUUAUCCUGUAACACUUCCUUUAAGGAGACCAUACUCGGGGGAUCCAGAACAUCUUGAUCAAGAGGAAUUUGAUGAGGCCUCAGAAAGCUUGAACUAUGAUGAAUGCUCCACAAAUGCUGCUGUAGAGCUUGGUCUAACGGAAGGAAAGGAAACUAUGUUGUUUCUUCAAUUACCUGCAAGCAUGCCUAUGGUAAAGCAAUUACCUAAUACGACUGGCAGUGAGAUGGCAGAUACUUCUAAACCAACAAAGAGUGGAGAACUUUUGCAAAAGUCCUGUAGUUUGGAUGAGUUGCCAGCAGGAUUUAUGGGUAAAAUUUUAGUUUACAGGAGUGGUGCUGUCAAGCUGAAGCUUGGUGACAACCUUUAUGAUGUUUCGGUAGGUUUGGAUUGUGUAUUUGCACAAGAUGUUGUUGCCAUUAACGAUGAAGAAAAGCAUUGUUGUACUUUGGGGGAGCUCGAUAAGCGUGUCAUCAUAACCCCAGAUGUGGACUCGAUGUUAGAUGGAAUGGCUGACUUGUAGUAUAUCCACUUGU